AUGAUAGAGCCGGACGCCAAAGCACCCAAACCAAACACGGAUCGCGAUGAGCAGGCUCCGGAGCCCAACGCAAAUACAAUCAAAACAAUCACAGAUCAAUAUGUCUUUGAGCUCGCCAUGCCUGACUUCCUAAAGAAGCGAGACGCAAAAGAUCCAGAAUCCUUAGACUGGGAAAGUGAUGGCUGCACCUACGUCUUCGAUAAUCCCUUAGGCUUCUCCUUUGUGAAUGGAUGCUACCGUCAUGACUUCGCCUACCGCAACUAUAAGGCUCAGGACCGUUUUACUGAGACUGCAAAAGACAUCAUCGAUCAGAAAUUCCUCUUUGACUUUAGAGGAACUCGAAAGGCCGGCAUGAUCCCAGGAGCAAACGCCACCAGCACUGAGUCGCCUGGGAAGCUAUCAGGAGCCAGCGCCGAGUCACCUGUAAAGACAGCUUGA